AUGAAGAAUGCCUUUAACCUAGCCCCUAGGGUAGGCCUAGCCACGGCUAUUACCCUAUACGCCCCUACCUUCUAUCGGGCGGCCAGAUGGGCCUAUAACGACCCGGCAGUGCUGUUUUUACAGGAUGGGUCCACUAUCGCAAGCGCUGAAGGCGUACGGCAGGGAGACCCCCUCAGUGCCUUCUUCUGGUCCCUCACAUACAGGCCCACCCUACAGGCCCUACAGAAGGCCCUACCUGGCGAUAUAGUGGUCUCGUACCUAGACGAUACCUAUGUCGUCUCUAAGAGGGACGAUAUAAGGCCUAUAAUACAGCAGGUCUUCCAGCAGUCACCCUUCCAGCUGAACCUGACGAAAUCCACCUUCCAGCACCUGGAUACAGUGCAGGAACAAGGAAUACAGGCCCUCCGCACCUAUAUAGGGCCCCUACAGCACCGAAGAACCUUCCUACAGGGUAAGAUAGACACCUACAAGAGAACUCUAUCUACCCUACAGGCCCUCCCUAAGCAGUACGCUCUACUGCUUCUUAGAGGAAGUAUGACCUUCCUACUAAGGCACCUCCUUCGCCAGCUCUACCCUAUAGGGCUCCUCGACCUAUACGAAGAAAUCGACCGCCUUACCCUAGAGGCUGUUGAGCAAAUUGCCUCAAUCAACCCACAGGCACCCACAAGCAUCAACCAAGACCUACUAGCACUCCCUAUACGGAUGGGAGGGCUAGGAAUCACCCUAUACAAGGAAAUGCCAAACAACCUCUAUAGGGUAGCGAAAACGAACGCAAUUCCUACCCUAAAUAAGCUACGAAGGGGCCUAGUCAACAUGAACACAGACUUCCUACCCUACGACAGAGGAAUCAACCCAGGCACCCUAUACGUACCUACCCUAGGGCCUACGAAGACCCACACGAUCCAGGAAAUCAACCAACAACGCCUCAAAAGAAUCCAGAACCAGCUUACCCUAGAGGGAAAGCGUGCCCUACAGGAAAAUUCGACCUACCUAAGCCGCCGCUGGCUAGAGGUCCUGCCUACUACUAAAAACAACCAACUGGCAGACUUCAACGUCACGGAGGGCCUUAGGGUACGCCUUAUAGCACCUGUGAGGGCCUUAGACCUACCCUGUACCUUCUGUGGUACAGUGGUCAAGAUAGGGCAUGAAGACACCUGUAAGGGUGCUGAACGCCACUGGAAAAUUCGCCACGAUACGAUCCUACGGGCACUAGCAGCCGCAACAAAGACCACCCUAGGCUCUACCCUAGAGCCACAGCUGCCAGGGCGCACAGGGCCUCGACCAGACCUCUCCACCCACUAUAAAGGCUCUAUACGGUACUAUGACCUUCAAAUAGUGGCCAUCAACAAGCCCUCCGCAGCCACGGACCCCCACAGUACCCUACAGGAGGCUGCAACAGCGAAGAGGGCUAAAUACAGUGCCCUAGGCCCUGACUUUUACCCUCUAAUCAUCUCUGCAGGCGGCCUGAUGGAGAAGUCAACAGCGAAGACCUAUAAGGACCUACAGGCCUCUAUAGGACCUGUGGCGGCCACCUACCUUGAUACAGUCAUCUCCCUUACCCUAUAUAAGACUAGGGCACACUCAGCAGCCUCUAUCGCAAAAUCAAGGCAGAUAUCGAGCGUACCCUGGAGUACAAUCAGGCAGAACCUUCGAGGGGGACCAGCCACACAAGCCACUAGGCCCCUACGCUUCCAUAGGGCCUCUGAAGACCCCCGAAGCCACACCUUCCAGUGGGAACCAGAAGGUCCACAGUGGCCAGCAGCCCCUAGGCCACAGAACCCCCAGGGAGCCUCUAUAGAGCCCCACAGAGCCUCUAUAGAGCCACAGAGAACCCACAGGGCCUCUAUAGAGCCACAGUGCUCUACACAGGCCCGGCUGUCCUCACAGGCGCCCCUACAGCGCCUACGAAAGCGCUAUGGCCUCUAG